CUCCCUUCACGCUUCCCGCCGCGCGCACGCGCCCCACGCCCGCUGCCCGCCUCAGCCACUGCCGCCGCUGCGCCCUCACCUCUUUCCGCCGCGUCCGUUCCUCUUUCCUCCCGCCGCUGCUCCCCGGUCCUUCCCCGGCGCGUUCCGUUUGGGGGUGUCCCCCGGCAGUUUUGGGGUGCCAUGGGGCGCUCCUCCAAGGACAAGCGGGACAUUUAUUACCGGCUGGCCAAGGAGGGCGGCUGGAGAGCCCGCAGCGCCUUCAAACUGCUGCAGCUGGAGCAGCGAUUCCAGCUCCUGAAGGGGGUCCAGCGGGCCGUGGAUCUUUGUGCUGCCCCCGGGAGCUGGAGCCAGGUGCUGAGUCGGCACCUCAGGGGCCCCGAGGGCUCCCCAGCCCCGGUGGUGGCCGUGGAUCUCCAGGCCAUGGCGCCGCUGCCGGGGGUGCUGCAGAUCCAGGGGGACAUCACCAAGGCCUCCACGGCCGAGGAGAUCCGGCGCCACUUCGAGGGGCACCCGGCUGACCUGGUGGUCUGUGAUGGAGCCCCUGACGUGACAGGGCUACACGACCUCGACGAGUACAUCCAGGCCCAGCUGCUGCUGGCUGCCCUGAACAUCACCACCCACGUGCUGAAGAAAGGCGGCACCUUCGUGGCCAAGAUUUUCCGUGGCAAGGACGUGACCCUGCUCUACUCACAGCUGCGCCUCUUCUUCCCCGACGUCACCUGCGCCAAGCCCCGCAGCAGCCGCAACUCCAGCAUCGAGGCGUUUGUGGUGUGCCGUGGCUACAGCCCCCCCGAGGGCUUCGUGCCCAGCAUGGAGAAUCCUCUGCUGGAGCCCGAGGCUGGUCUGGCCCUGUCCUGUCUCUCGGGCCCCUCCCGGGUCAUCGUUCCCUUCGUGGCCUGCGGGGACCUGAGCGCCUUCGACCCCGACCGCACGUACCCGCUGCAGCUGGAGCCGUCCCGCCCGUACCGGUACACGCCGCCCCCCGCCCCGCCCAUCGCCCCCCCCUACGCCCGGGCCUGCCGCCUGCGCCGGGGCGGGAAACCGGGAACGGACACGGAGGGGCACGGGGAGCAACCGGGAACGGACACGGAGGGGCACGGGGAGCAACCGGGAACGGACACGGGGGGGCACGGGGAGCAACCGGGAACGGACACGGAGGGGCACGGACAGAAACCGGGAACGGACACGGAGGGGCACGGACAGAAACCGGGAACGGACACGGGGGGGCACGGGGAGCAACCGGGAACGGACACGGACACGGGAGAACAGGGAGAGCAACGGGAGGAACAGGAAGGAGCCUCGUGCGAGGGGAUGGGUGUGCAAGGAGCCCCCCAGGAGGACACGAGUGUGCAAGGAGCCCCGUGUGAGGGGGACGGAGCCUCGUGUGGGGUGGGUGUGCAAGGACCUCCUCAGGACGGGGAAGGAGCCCCGUGUGAGGGGCUGCACCAGCUCCGUCUUUUGGACUGAAACUUGGGUGUGCAAGGACCCCCUGGGUGUGCAAGGACCCCCUGGGUGUGCAAGG